AUGGCUCCAUCGGUCAAAGCCAUCGAGGCGAAACUGCGCAAAGCUGUCGAGGAGGUGUAUCACAGCGACCCGGAGCAGCUUACGGUGCGGUUCAUCCGCGACAAAGUAGAGCAUGAGCUCAAGCUCGACGAGGGAUUCUUCGCGACGCCGAAUUGGAAAGAUAGGAGCAAAACCCUGAUCAAGGACUGGGCUGCCAAAUUGAUCAACGAGGCAGAAGCCGACGAAGUCAGCGAUGAAGUCAAGUCCGAACCAGACAAGAAGCCUCCCCCAGCUAAGAAAGUGACGAAACGCGCUUCCAAGUUCGACAAACCGCCACCUAGAAAGCGUCAGAAGAAGGAAGAGACACCAUCAGAGGACGAGAUCAGCGAAUUGUCUGCGGAGGAGAGCCCCGCGUCUGAUCUUGAUGAUUCGGAUGCUAGCGAGGCGCCGAAGCCCAAGACAAAGGCCAAAUCAAAGCCAAGAGCACCAGUCAAACGCGAAUCAAAGAAGAGAGCAAAGGUCGAAUCUGAUGAAUCAGGGGAUGACGAUGUCAGUAAACCACAGUUCGAUAGUGAUGAGGACAGCGACGUGAAACCAGCCCCAAAGAAGGUGAAGAAGGAAGCCCAUAGCAGAAGGCAGUCAAAGAAACCCAAGAUCGAAUCCGAUGAAGAGUCUGAAGAGGAGUACAAAAGCAUCAAAAAGUCUCCAGUCCAAGCUAAAGCCGAAGCCUCCAUAAAAUCCGACGAGGAAUCCGAAGAAGAGGUCAAAAACAUCAAAAAGUCUCCAAUCAAAGCCGAAACCAAGCCCUCUGUGACACCUGAAGAUGCAGACGAGAAGGCCGAUAUCAAAGCCCAGGAUUCCGAUUCCUCUGAGAUGUCCAUAGUCCUCGACGAAGAACCCAAACGAAAGCGCAGAAGCAAAAGCAAAUCCGAAGCUUCGUCCUCUAAGUCCUCCAAAGCCAAAGCCGCGCCCAAACAAUCCAAAGACCUCUCUCCUGACGAAGUGCAAAUCAAGACCCUACAGACGCAGCUAACCAAAUGCGGAGUCCGCAAAAUCUGGGGGAUUGAGCUGAAGAAAUUCGGCGAUGAUAGCAAGAAGAAAAUCAAGCAUUUGCAGAGCAUGCUAAGGGAUGUUGGCAUGACCGGUAGAUUCAGUGAGCAGAGGGCCAGGGAGAUCAAGGAGCUAAGGGAGCUGCAGGCGGAUUUAGAGGCCGUGAAAGAGGGCGAGAGUAAAUGGGGUUUGGAAUCGGGAAGGAGGGCAAGAGGGCAGAGGAAGAGCUUGAAGGAGUCUCCCGUCGACGACGAAGAUGAGGAUGUGGAUGUGGAUGAGGAGAGCGAGGGAAGGAAUACCAAAAGUCGGACUACUAUGAGCGGGAAGCCCAGCAACAAGGCUGCGAGAGCCAAGCAGGACUUGGCAUUCUUGGGGGACGAGGAGAGUGAUUCUGAUUAA